AUGUCCGCAUCCUUCACACCUCUCUUCAUCGACGGCCAGGAGCGGCCCGCUAGGAGCGGCGCGACGUUCGAGGUACGGAACCCUUACACCAACGAAGUGGUGGGUCGCGCCGCAGCUGCAAGCAGCGAAGACUGUCGUAACGCUGUCGCCGCCGCCUCACGAGCCUUCGCGGCCUGGGAGCAGACUCCGGCGUUCGUGCGGGCGGGAAUAUUCCUCAAGGCCGCGGAGCUCCUUGAUACGCCAGAGUAUCAGGAAAAGCACAGAGCCGCGAUCAAGGCCGAACUCGCCUCCUCGGAGUCUGUCGCCUUCGGAGACUUGCUGGGUACGGUCGCGACCAUUCGCGACUCCGCCUCAGUCGUUGCGAACCUCAAGGGCGAGAACUCGCCGUCUCAAAUCCUAGGCGGGUACGUCGUGGUGCAGCGCAGAGCCAUGGGAGUGAUCUUCGCGAUAUCUCCGUGGAAUUUCCCGCUUGCUCUUAGUUUCCGCGCCAUCAUCGUUCCCAUUCUGUGCGGCAACACCGUAGUGCUGAAGAGCUCCGAGGUCACACCGCGCACGCAGGCCUUGGCUGUUGAAGCCCUGCACAAGGCUGGCUUACCGGCGGGUGUAUUGAACCUUGUAAGUACAGACAAGUCAGAGGCACCUGCCAGGGUCGCAGAAAUCAUCGCAAACCCAUCUGUGCGAAAGAUUAAUUUCACUGGCGGCCCUAGAGUCGGACGAGCGGUCGCUGUGAAGGCAGCGGAAUACCUGAAGCCAUGCGUUCUGGAGCUCGGCGGGAAGGCAGCCGUAGUCGUCCUGGAAGAUGCGGACCUCGAGACCGCCGCGAACGCCAUCGCGUAUGGGGCGCUACUCAACUCGGGGCAGGUCUGCAUGUCGACAGAACGGGUCAUCGUCCAGAAGGGCGUCGCCGCGGAGCUCGCGCAUGCCAUCAAAACGCGUUUCUCCGAGCUCACCGCGGGUGGCCCGGGGCACCGCCUGGGACCGCUGUUCUCCGAGGCCUCGGCGGAGCACGUCGUCACACUCCUGCGUGAUGCGCAGGCUGCGGGCGCGGACUUCCUCGUGGGCGAUGCAAAGCGCGAGGGGGCGGUAGUCCAGCCACAUAUUGUGACGAAGGUGACGAGGGAUAUGAAGCUGUGGAAUGAUGAGACGUUUGGCCCUGUUAUCGCAUUCGUCGAGGUGGAUAGCGUCGAGGAAGCCAUCGAGAAGGCAAACGACACCGAGUAUACUCUGAUGGCUACGCUCUGGACACAGAACGUCCACACUGCGUUCCAAGUUGCGUCCCGCCUUAGGACAGGUACCAUUAAUAUCAACGGAGGGAGCAUCAAUUCCGACGGCCGGCUGGGCGGACUUGGGUCUCGCGAUACUGACGUUGGAUGCAGUGGACCGUCUGGUUACGGUCGAUUCUCCGUCGAAGAAUUCACGGAUACCAGAAACCUUGUCUUCCACCCUGCAAAGUCCCCAGCUCAUCCUCUGUAG